UUUACAUCGACGGACGGAAUCACUUCCCGGAAGCAACUCACCCACAUUCUCCGACCCCCAUCUCUCUCCUGCUGUCUCUCUAGCUCUAAGUAUGGGUCGUAUUGAUGAGGACCAGCAUAUGCCUGAUGAAAAGCCGGAACAAAAUCAUUACAGCAAGGAAGCUUUUCCUGAUAGUGAGCUCUGGACAGAUGGACUCUUAUGCGCUUUUGAAUAUGUCAAAGGAAAGAGUAGGCCAGUUAGGCCAAGAUCAAACAAAAAAACCCACUCAACUCAUCAAGCGAACAGUCGUAACAUGAAGAACCAGGUGUCUUCAGGGACUGAUGCAUCUCUUCAAGAGCAGUAUGAUGGUUAUUUAUCAGAACCCACUUCUCUAACAGAAAGAAGGGGUGACAAUAUUUUCCAAACCCACAAGGUAGAAAAUUUUGAUGGGAGUCAUUGGGUCCCAAUUGGUUGGGCUAGAAUAUCUGAACUUGUUGGAACAGUGCAAAACAAUGCUGAAUGGGUCUCGCAGCAGUUUGAUUUUAUGGAUGAUGAAGAUGACCGUACAAUUGCAGAUCUAGCAGCUCCCUAUUGGGAGAAGCCAGCAGGGCCUGUAUGGUGGUGUCAUGUUGCUGCAAGCCAUCCACACAUUAGUGUGUGGCUUAAUAAUGCUUCAUGGUUACAUCCUGCUGUAAGUAUUGCUUUGAGAGAUGAAAGCCGUCUGAUAAGCGAGAGGAUGAAACACCUUUUAUAUGAGGUGCCAGUUAGAGUUGCUGGUGGUCUGCUGUUUGAACUGUUGGGUCAGUCAGUUGGUGAUCCGUAUAAAGAUGAGGAUGAUGUCCCAGUUGUCCUACGUUCGUGGCAAGCACGGAAUUUUCUAAUAACUGCACUGCACCAGAAAGGAGAUACAUCAAGCUUAAAUGUCUUGGGUGUCAUAGAAGUUCAGGAACUGCUUUUUGCUGGUGGUAAUAAUAUACCCCGAACAAUACAUGAAGUUAUAGCACUUUUAGUCAGCCGGCUUGCACGGUGGGAUGACAGAUUAUUUCGGAAGUCUAUAUUUGGGGAGGCUGAUGAAGUGGAACUGAAGUUCAUUAACAGGAGAAACAAUGAAGAUUUGAACCUUUUCCUUGUAAUCCUCAACCAAGAGAUCAGAAGGUUAUCACAACAGGUUAUUCGAGUCAAGUGGUCACUGCAUGCGAGGGAAGAAAUAGUGUUUGAACUUCUCCAACAUUUGAGGGGAAAUGCAGCUAAAAUGUUGCUCGAGGGAACAAGAAAGAGUACAAGGGAAAUGCUUGAGGAGCAAGAAGCAGUUCGUGGUCGCAUAUUUACAGUUCAAGACGUGAUGCAGGGUACAAAACGAGCAUGGUUGCAGGAUAAAAGCACGAGAGUAACACAUAAUAUAGCCGUCGUUGGUGGGUGUGGCCUUAUUCUCUCUAUCAUCACCGGAUUGUUUGGGAUCAACGUUGAUGGAAUCCCUGGAGCCACGAACACGCCUUAUGCAUUUGGUCUGUUUUCAGGCAUCCUCUUGUUCAUCGGAAUUGUAUUAAUUGCAGUAGGUUUGCUCUACUUUGGACUCAAAAAACCAAUCACCGAAGAGCAGGUUGAAGUGCGGAAACUGGAGCUGCAAGAGCUCGUCAACAUGUUUCAACACGAAGCCGAGACUCACGCUCAGGUUCGUAAACAUGGUUCUCGGAACAAACCGACCCUCACUUCCGGGGACCGAUUCCUACAUGAUGCAAACUAUGUUGUCAUUGAUUAGGCCUACAUGGAUAAUUAAUAAAGAAAUGAUCUAAAAAUAUUGUUUGCAUCAAGUAUGGUAUGGUUUUAUGUCAAAAACCAAACUAAAAAUACCACAGGAAAAUGUAUAGCUUGAUUGAUACUUGUAGAGAUGAGACAAAUUAAUAAUACAAUUUUG